AUGAAGGCGCGAGGCUUGCCGGAUGACGUGCGUCAGAAAUUGACGGCUGAGGCAAGAGAGUUCGCGCUACAAACGGAUCGAAUGCGAUACUUGACCAGCCUCUACAUCUACUUUGGCGGUCCUCACGCUUUUCAACAAAUUAGAGACGCAUUUUCAGCGUUGUGUCGCGCCGAGAAAAGCGACUGUACGACAAUCGGUGGUCGUGUUCGAGCCCUCGCCGCCAUGGAAAACGCUCAUCAUUUCGGCAGACGUGCUGUCCACCUCGGACUGGACCUUGAUCGCGAACGGGAAACACGAAUUGCCCGUGAGCGUCGUCAACCUUAA